AUGAAUCCCUCACAGCUUCUCCUGCUGCUCCUUGUGGGAGUUUCAGCACUGGAUGCUCAUUCAGGGACUGCAGGGACACCACACAGUACCAACUACUCUCUGGAAGAAGAGUCCAGUGCCUACCCUGCAUUUCAAGAGGCCAUGUAUAGAUUGCAAGCUCAAGAGUGCUGGAAUAGGUUUGUUCAGCAGAUGGCCAAUGUCAGCGCAAUGCAUUUGUGUGAAUGGAGUGUUGUCAGCAGGCCAUACGCCACCCUGACACAUUGCCUGGAAAACUGUGCAGACGUUCUGGAGUACAGCUACCCCAAUGCCUUGGCAGAGAAUUACAUUGUCUACAGCCACCGUAUGUACUUUCUCAACUGCACUCUGGAGCGCCCGCUCCUCCUGGACCCUCCUGAGAACGUUCUGCUGACCCUGAUCAUAACCCCCAUCUGCCUAAUCCCUUUGUUGGUCACCCUAGUUGUUUUGAAGAGCAAGGAUGGUGAGAUGCAGGCAUGAGUCCCACCUUCUUGUAGCACCCUGAGGCACUGCUCCUGCAUCCCCACCAUGAGGUCACCCACGAUCCAGUUCCAGCACAAAGCAAAUG